AUGGUAGCUCCAGGCGCAAAGAAAUCACAAGCUCUUGAUCCAGCAAGGAAAGAGUCAUUACGUGCACAGUAUGAAGCUUUAUCAUUAGUCGAAGAACGUUUUCAUAAUUUUGAUAUUGUGUGGGCAAAAGUACAUGGAUUUCCAUGGUGGCCGGGUGUAUUCUUUUAUUCCUGGGAGAUCGUACUUAAUGCUGGUAUUCGUACGGAUCCAAAGAUUGUAAUGGAACUAGUGGUCCCACCUCCUGAGAAAACAAGCACAUGUGAUGGCGUGACAGGUCAAGAAACUGGCAGAUUUCAUAUGAAACGACAUUGUUUAAUUAUGUUUUUAGACAAGUUUAAUUUCUCAGUCCUGGAAAUUAAUGCAAAUAAUGUCGCAGGUUUUACAACCCAUUAUCAUUUAUAUGAACGUGCCGUGAUGGGAAAUAGAAGCAGUAAAUGGGGAAAAAAGAAGGCAGAAUUUAAACGGGCGAUUGUAAAAGCCGUACAAUUAUUACAUUUGGGAAAAGAGUAUGGAAAAGAAGAGUUGAUUAUGUUGGAAGAACCAAGUGUAGUAGAGAAAAAGAAGAAAGACGUAAACAUGGAAUUUGAACGAAAUGAGAACGAUUGGAUGGAUGAUGGAAAUGGUGAUAUUUCUGAGACGGGAUAUGAUGCAGCAGCAUUGGGUAUCGAGGGCAGAGAAAGCGGUGUUGCGCAAUCAAUUGUGAGGAAAGAACAUGUGACGGAAGUGAAGGACGUGGAAAAUGACAAUGAAGUGGUGAUUUUGGUACCGGCAAAACCACGGUGGCAGGAAGAAUCAUCAAAGGAGGUGGAGCGAAGGGUACGGAAGCGGUCGCAAAGAGAAGAUUACGACGCGCCACAUGUUGCAAUUGUGUCGCGAUCGCCGUCUCCUAUUGAUUUGACAGAGACUCCCGUAAAGAAGCCACGUGCGGUGUACAAUAAUAACGCGAAUGGCAAAGGGUCGGAGACUUCACCGAAACCUAAAAAGAAAGAGGCGAGUGCUGAGGCUGAUGAAAUGGAAAUGAUGAGCUUAAAAAAGAGCAGUGCUAGGGUCCUGGUGAUGGAAAACGGCGUAUCGAAACGUCUGACUGAAAAAAAAGAUAAAAUGUGCUUUGAUGCAACUGCAGGUAUCAUAGAAGACAAGGAGCCGAACAGUCUGGUACUGUCACCAUUAUCCAGCAUUUGGACGACAGGAGUGUCACGUGAUUCAAGUGAUUUAGCUCGAAAACACACGCAGCUGGCAUACAAACAAGAUUUCGUGUGGGAUGGUGCUGUAUUUACAGACGAACGAAGUAUUGCAGAGAAGGAGAAGGCUGCGAUUGAGCGAAAGCAGGCUGAAGAUACUGCAAGUGGACGUGAGCGUUCGUCGGGCAAGCGCCAGUUACGGUCCGUUCAGCAGUCGCAAAUUCGUCAAAACAUGAUGACAGGAGAUUUGGAUCCACAUACAAUGGUACAAUGUGCUGUCUACCGCCCGAAAGAUUACGUAGAUGAUCCCAAUAGUCGCAGUCGAGGUGGAUUUACGCUUGACCCUCCAUUCCAGGUUGUAGUGCAUCCAGAUGCAGUAUUUGUGGCCGAUCUCCAUGCACACCUUGCCACUUGCGAAAUCAUUGGCUUCUUAGGUGGUAAAUGGGAUGAAGCAUCCAAGAUACUGUAUAUACAGGCUGCGUUUCCUUGUCGCUCACUUGUCAUUGAUGGUGACGAUGGUUCUACUGAUGUGGAGAUGGAUCCGGGCAGUGAGAUUGAACUCCGCGGUAUUAUUGAAAAUGCACAACUUGAGGUUGUAGGAUGGUAUCACUCGCACCCAGCGUUUGCACCUGAUCCAUCUGUACGAGACAUUGAGAAUCAAACCAGCUAUCAACAGCUAUUCCAGCGCCCCAAUACCACGAAACAAGGAAGUGCUGACACCACAUUGUCGGAGCCAUUUGUAGGUUUAAUUGUUGGGACGUACGAUACUCGACGGAGUACGCCAGUGAGUCUCUUGCGCUUCUUUCACACACGUGUGGAGAAAGUGAGUGGCGGUGCAUGCCGCGAGAUUUAUAUGCCAUACGAGUUUAUUCCAGAGAGGCGCCACUUUCGGAAAGUGUUGGAGGACGAGGAACGUGAAAAGACACGCUUAUUUCCCAUGUAUCGAUCAGUCUUGCAGUACUUUAGUUUUGAGCUGGCAGCCACCCCGCAUCAACUGCCAAUGGACAUUAAGACCACGCCAGCACAGAGAGCGAUGUCGAGACUGUCGCCGACAAGAGUGAAAGUUUGCGGUUUUGCCAAGAAGCGCAAGCAGAAAUUUGACGGUGCAGUAGAUAAGCCAAUGAAAAAGGCAAGGGCAAGACGCAGGCGCUCUGUGCACUCCUUUUCUGCUGCAGAGAGUCACAUUGACGUCGCAGGUGCUGGUGACAACGAAAGUUUUGAAGUAGUAGAAAACGGGACGUUGACACCAACCAAUACGCUCGGGACUGGUCAUGAUGGGAGCACAGAUGUGGUCACUGAGAGCGAAACAAUCACUUUGGAUAGUGUUUGUGAAGAAAAAAGGAUGAUAAGCAUUGCAGCAUCCUCAGGUGGUGUUGAAGAAGACUCAGAGAGUAACGCUGAGGAAGGGAAGUCGGAGCUUUGCAGCGUUGACUCACAAGUCGCUGAGGUCCUCGCGGACAUUAUCGAGACUACACAAGCUACCAACAGCAGUGAAAAUGGAUGCGAUUUGCCACAGAUGUUGAAGCAAAGCAAUGAGACCUUGGCCAGUUCAGAUGGGGCUGAGUGCAACCAAUCGAUAACUGAGAAUACCGUAGCUCCGUUGCCUCAGGCCUCAACGGUGUGCGAAGACGUGAUGCAGCACACGAUCAGCCAUUCAAAUGACGCGGCAAAAGCACUGGAGACUGAUCUUACCGUGGACACAAUUGCUGAAUCAACUGAUACGCGCGUUCCUCAAUCGUUGUCAGCCUUUUUCUCAUCUGCAAUAAAAUCAGGUGUAUUGCCAUUAACAAACGUUAGCAUUUCCAGUCGUAAAAGGACCCGCAAACCCAAAACGACAACGCGAAAUAGUAAUCGAUCGAUUUCUCCCAGUGUAUCGCCCGGUGUGGUGCCUUGUCAGACCAAUUCGACAGGCCAGGCGUUCUAUGAUGCAUUUCGGCCGUCAGGGCCUCGUUUUGCAAAUGGAGGUACGCUUGAGGUCAUGCCACUUUUCAGCCGUCCUGACGGUUCAAAAGGCGAUUCAGUAGUAGAAGACGUGCGGUAUAUAGUUGUUGAUGAAACCAUGGGCUUGACUAGCCAUGGCAGCGAUUACUCAGCCAAAGCGAAGGACGACAAGCUUGUUCAGGUCACAAAAACUACAGAUGAUGACUACAUUAAGCAGGAAAUUCAAUGUUUCGUGACCUCUCUGGUGGAGAAGGUGGCGGAACGAGUGGUUUCAGAGAUUCGUGCUGGCACGAAAGUAAACGUGCAGGGUAGGACCGAGGAAAUGUUGAUGUCAGUUUGUGAGAUGUCGAGCGUGUUUUCUGACAGCUCCACAGUCCAGGCGUCUGUGGAUGACGUGAAAAUGGAAAGUACAAGUAUGAAGCCCGAGUUUACUGUAAAUGUCGAUGUGAAAAAAUCUACCAUGCAUGCUGGUCUACAACUUUUUGGAAGCAAUGGUGAGUGCGAAGAUAUCCAGACAUCUUUGCAAAAAAUGGCAGGUUAUCUGGACAAAUUGAAGUCUUCUCAGACUACCAUGCCAAGUGCAGCAAAGACCGAACAUCAGCACGACUCAACACCUGACACAGAGCCCGAAGUCGUGGUGGUGCGUGCUGAGCUCAAGCAUGGGGAACCCAAGGUUAAGCAAGAUCAUCUUGCUGCGUUGCGAACAAAGUAUGGUGCAGGUGUAAGCGGAUGCGCCGAACAAGUGAUCACAUUGGUGGAUUACUAUCGCGACUUUGAGCGACGUACCGACCUGAACGAGAUAUGGAAAGCACGGAUGACCAAGCUAGAAAAAAUUGAGAGCUCGCUCUCAGAAUACGUUCAGUAUCUGAAUAUUCCUGUGGCUCUUCGACGUGACUUUAUCAAGGACCUCAUUUUAUAUUUGCGCAAGUCGUGGGCGAUAAACGACCGGCGGAGAUGA